UACUGGCUCAUUUGAUUUGAGCCAUGAAGCACGCGCUGUAUAACAGAAGAAGCUGACAGAUGACAGCUGUUUCAACAACAAAAGCGCGUACUUCGCAAGGUGUUUUAUUUGCAUUUAUUUCGAAACUAAAAACCCUUCAAUCGGUUAUUAUUUCGUGGUGCUAAAAUUUAAAUGUUACAAGUUAAACAGAAAUAGAAUACGUGUAUUAAAACGAUAAUAUCAAAAAUUAAUGCUGUGCGCUGCUGUGUGGUCAUCUGCUCAACGAACGCAGACAGUUGACGUUUUGUAAACACCGGGUUUGUUAUCAUGCACAUUUUUGUUAUCAACAAAUCGUCUCGGAUGCUGUGCGAGUAACAGAAAUUAUACAAUAAGAAGCUACCCUUUUUGCCAAAGAGAAAUCAUUCCAAAAGUAGAACAAGCGGUACCGGUUCAGUUAGAUCUGUGCGUGUUUGUGUAGAUAGAACAACAGCAAGAACAUUACAAUGUCAACCGAUCAAAGUGCGAAUGUGGAACUGAUCAAGAAGCACAUUGGCGAGUAUCCAGAUUUCCCGAAAAAAGGAAUACUUUUCAAGGACAUCUUUACCGCACUGCGACAUGGCGAGGUUUGCAAAGCCAUAAAAAAUGUGCUCGUGUCCUACGUCCGUGAAUCCUGCCCAGAUGUGCAGGUGAUAGUUGGACUAGAAGCUCGCGGAUUUCUGUUCAGUUUGCUGAUUGCGGCUGAGCUGGGUGUGGCAUCCGUACCGAUAAGAAAGAAGGGUAAACUGCCGGGAACAUGCGCCCAACAGGACUACGUUCUGGAGUACGGAACUGAUGUGUUCGAAAUACAAAAAGGAAGCAUCGCCGAAGGGCAGAAAGUGUUGAUAAUAGACGAUCUGUUGGCCACGGGUGGGACGAUGGAUGCAGCAAACAAGCUAGUACAGCAGCUGGGUGGGAUAGUGGAACGAAACGUAGUUAUCAUAGAACUAACCGAACUAGGCGGAAGGAAGAAGCUUGAAGCUUCCGGCUCAAAAGUACAUUCCUUUAUAGAAUAUCACGACAUAGAAUAAUGUGUCCAAUGAGUUUGAGGCAGCGAAAGUUUGGAGCCUGCAAUCUACAAGCAGGUGUUACUAGUUUUGCAUGAUAAUAUCAAGCAUAAAAAGACAACUUUACAGAUAAGUUAAAGGACCGCUACCUUUUGUUUUCUGUUACUUAAUUUUAUCUUCGCCGUGCAAAUAUUUUAAAUAGUUUGUGAUCGAUCGGUUUCGAUUUAAAAAUGUUUCGUUAUCGAUUGAAAUCUCAGGUAAAGCAAUAAAUGUAGCUAAAAGUAGUUAAUACGAAUAGAAACCUUGAACAAAUAAAAAGACACAUAACGGCAAACGAA